GUAUUGCAUAAAAAUGUCUCAUAGUGAAACUUCUUCUGAAAAGAUCGAUUACGAAUUCCGAUGGAAGGAUCCAAAAGAAAUCAAACGAAAGUGAGCCAUUAUUUAAUAACAUUAAUUAUUGAAAAUUAGAUGGGAAUCAUUCGCAAAAUUCGGCUAUACUUCUGCUCAAGCUCCAAAAACAGUGGAGAUGACUGGAAAAAAUUUUGACAAAUGGCUAAAGGAUGCUAAUGUUAUUGAUGGGAAAUUGAUAACAACGACCAUGACUGGAAUUACACAACAAGUGAUCAUAAAUGUAGCAAAGGAUAGAUCGAAAAAUAGCAAAAAUGAUGUUCAGGCAGAAAUUGAUAGCAUCUGCUCAAAGUUGGAGGCCAUUGAAUUACCUACGUUAAAAACUGCAAUAAAAGUAUCAACUGAAGGAAAUGUCUAUGAAAGAUUGACAGACCACAACAAAUAUACAGGAGCACACAAAGAAAGAUUUGAUACAGAUGGAAAAGGAAAGGGAAAAGCAGGAAGAGAAGAUAUUGUUGUCAAUACAGGAUAUGUUUCUUCCUACAAAAAUGCUGGAUAAUGAAAGAAUGAUCAAAGAAAAGUUAUUUGUCGAUUAUAUGUAGCAUACCAGUUCUUGCGUUCCUUUUUAGGCUGAAUCAUUCCGUGUCGGACUAAAACAUGGAACGGACAAGACAAGGAACGACAAAACACGGUCGGACAAAACAUGGAAAAGACAAAACAAGGAACAACCAAAAUACG